CUGAGCAACCAGAGCAACAUGACAACCAGCAGCAUGAACAUGAUGGGCAGGGUCGUCUUCUACGAGGACAGGAACUUCCAGGGUCGUUCCUACGAGUGCAGCGGCGACUUUGCUGACAUGUCGUCCUACCUGAGCAGGUGUCACUCCUGCAGGGUGGAGAGAGGCUGUUUCAUGGUCUACGACCGCCCCAACUUCAUGGGCAACCAGUACUUUCUGAGGAGGGGCGAGUACUCCGACUACAUGAGCAUGAUGGGAAUGAACGAGUGCAUCAGGUCCUGCCGCAUGAUCCCCAUGCACCGCGGGUCCUACAGGAUGAGGAUCUACGAGAAGGAGAACUUCGGAGGCCAGAUGUACGAGAUGAUGGACGACUGCGACAACAUCAUGGACCGUUACCGCAUGUCCAACUGCAUGUCGUGUCACGUGAUGGACGGACACUGGCUGAUGUACGAGCAGCCCCAUUACAGAGGCAGGAUGAUGUACAUGAGGCCUGGGGAGUACAGGAACUUCAUGAGCAUGGGCAUGGGCAACAUGAGGUUCAUGAGCAUGAGGCGCAUCAUGGACUCUUACUACUAG